AUCCGUCAGAUCAGAAUUUUCAUUCAACCUCUGCUCCUGGGGUUGAUUACAAGUUCUGGGGAAUUUAUACAAGGAUGAGGCAAGGCAGGCGGUGGGAAAUCUGGUCCUCAGAUGCCAUGGUCUAUUCAUGCUGGCAUCUGAGCAGAUGAUGCAGUCUCUGUUGGCAUUUGUUAAGCUCUGUAUAUCUCAAAAGCCCAGAGACCACCAGUCCAAACGUGACCCCUCCAAGUGCACCAGAAGUCGCUCAGCCAAGUGACCCACCCAGGCUAACUGCCCUAUUCCGUGGAGGCAGCAAAUGCAGCUCUUCUCUCGGCCUCUUUGGGGCUGCAGGAGACUCAGUGGGGUUGCCUCAAGCCUACUAAAUAUAAGCUCCUAAAGGCAGCAGCGCCAUCAUCUUGUUCGUUACUGUUCUCUGCGUUCAUAAAACAAUCCCUGUGACGUAGCAUGUGUUCAACACAUCUUUUUCCCCGAGGGGCUCUUUGUUCCCUGGGGUCCCCAUACUGCCACCUCUACUCUACUCUGUGUCCCGGUAGGAGGGAGAGACUUUCUGUUUUUCUUUGCUCCCUCCCUGCCCCCUCACCCCUAGUUCUAGCCAGGAAUCAGAACCAAGUCCUGGAUUCCUCAAAACUUAUCUGGAGGCUCUGUGGAGCCUCUUUCCUAUUCCCAACCUACCCUCAGUGAAUCCCCUACAUCAGGGAUUGGGGCUUUGAGACUCUGGCUCUUCCCUUGCCCUGAGCUGGGUGCUUGAGCAUGGGAAAAUGUCAUAGGAAGCAUCAAGGAUGGGUAGGGGUGGGUCACUGAUAGUAGGAGAGAGACGGGUUGUUCAAUUUGGGAGCCCAGAUUAUACGUAAACCCUCUGCCUCAAUCUGGCUGCCAUGGGGAGAAAGUUGUGAAGAAAGAACACAGCAGUUAUCAACUCGAAGUUGUCCUUCUGGCCUGGAGCUUCCACCCGUUGACCACGUCACCAUAGAGGAUCAUUUUCCUUAUCAGUGAAAUAGUGGGAGGAUUUCUAGUUGCCCUUUUGUUUCUGACCACCAAAGAUUCUAAGCACUCUGCUGGCUCUUCAGUCAACUUCCUUUCUUCAUCUUCAAACUGAAAAUCCAACAGUCUUAUGUGGGUACCUCUAGCUGGAGUUUUUUGGUAGAGUCAAAUUAGGGGCAUAGCAGAAUCAGAACUCAGAGCUGGAGUCCUGCAGAUCUUCUUCCUCCCUUUUCCUUUUACGCUCCCCUUUCCCCUCUCCCUUAACUCUCCGAGUCUUCUGUGACUGGUGGAAGCCGCCACAAGUUGACUGAACAUAUCCUUGAGUACCCUCUGGGCUACUCUCAUGUCUCCAGUAAUAUCCCAUCUCUCUGCAGAGUCUUCAUCCAGUGUGCGACUGGUGAGCGGCCCCCACCACUGUGAAGGGCGGGUGGAAGUGAAGCGGGAUGGUCAGUGGGGCACGGUGUGUGAUGAUGAGUGGGACUUGAACGAUGUGGCUGUGGUAUGCCGGGAGCUGGGCUGUGGAGCUGCUGUGGAGCUGGGCUGUGGAGCUAGUGGUGAAAUAUAUAAGCCACUGGCAGAAGAAAUGCAACCAAUUCUCAUCAGCGAGGUCAAGUGCAAUGGGACGGAGGACACACUGGCUCAGUGUGGACAAGAAGAUGAUGUCUAUGAUUGUUCUCACAACGAAGAUGCAGGAGCAUCAUGCGAGAUCCCCGAGACGGUGCGGCUGGUUGGGGGCCCUGGACGCUGUGUAGGAAGAGUGGAGGUGAAGCACCGGGACCAGUGGGGCACUGUAUGCCAAGCAGGUUGGAACCUCUCUGCUGCCAAGGUGGUGUGCCAGCAGCUGGGAUGUGGAAAGGCCAUACUGACCCGGACAUACUGUGACAAGGCUUCCCAUGGCCAAGGGCCCAUCUGGCUGAGCCAGGUGUCAUGCACAGGACAAGAACUAACCGUUCUAGGCUGCCAUUCUGAGCCUUGGGGGAAGAAUAACUGCACCCAUGAGGAAGACACGUGGGUCCAUUGUGAAGAUCCCUUUGAACUGAAGCUGGAAGGAGGAGACAACCACUGCUCCGGGCGCCUGGCAGUGCGGCACAAGGGCACGUGGGGCUCUGUCUGUGAUGAUGGCUGGGGAGAAAAGGAAAACCAGGUGGUAUGCAGGCAACUGGGCUGUGGGAAGCCCCUCUCUCUUUCUCCUAAAGCCCGGAAACCCUUUGGCCCAGGGGUUGGACACAUCUGGCUGGAUGACGUUCAUUGCUCAGGAAGGGAGCGAUCCCUGGAGAAAUGCCGGCACCGGUUUUGGGGGCAUCAUGACUGCACCCACAACGAAGAUGUGGCUGUGAUCUGUUCAGCAAAGGACUCUGACUUUCCUGGUGCCUGACCUGGCCCCUGCUGCUCCCUGAGUGUCCCCUGCUUGUUCCCAUGGGCCCUGAUUAUCCCUGUGCUCAUGCCGGGCUGCAGGCUUCAGCCACCCCUUCCUCACCCCCUCAGUAGAAAUGCUUAAGGCUUGUGUUCUCAACCAAGCACCCCCAUGACUGCCUGGAGACAUGAGAUGUGAGGGAAGAAAUGGAAAUCUUUUGCUGGGAAAGAUGAGUUUCUAGUUGCCCUCUCCUCUCUGCGGACCCCUCAGCCCUGGCUCUGGCCUUGCCUGUGUCUUCCCAACUUGCCUGAGACCCAGGCCUGUCACUAUGAUCAGAUGUCCUGGCCAUUACUAAGGCAAGUUCUCGGUCUGUAGACAAGAUGAAAGGAAUGAAGUAACAAAAGGAACAUUUGAAAGGAAAUGUGGGUAGGCAAUUUCAUGGAACUUGGGGUAAACUUAGUCUUUUUGAACUCUUUUCCUCAAGACUUGGGUGAUCACAACAAUUAGUAAUACCUCCCUACCCUGUUUUUCCUUGCUGACAAUAAAACAUUCUUCAAGGAGCA